AUGAAGGGGCUGGCCCCGAGAAGCAGAAGCCUUCUGGCAGUCGUUGCUAUGGUAUUGGCAGCGCGGGCAUGCCUCACUCCAUCGUUUGUCGCUCCGCGAACUGCGCCUGCGCAGCCUGUGAUGGCGCUCAGCCUCGCGCAGGUUCUGGCGCCAGCUCCUGCGAGCGCUGAGGUCAAUCAGGAGGCCUACUUUGCCGCAGCUGGCAUCGACCCAAACGAGGUUCGUGGCGAGAUGAUAGACCAGAUGUCGGAUACAGAUGCGGCACUCCUUGGUGCGACGGACUUCUUUUGGGGGAUUAUGGUGCCAUUCACUGCUGGUCUCGGCCUGGUUUAUGGAAUCGCUAUCAGCACUGGAAACCUGGAGGGGCCAUUCCCUACCGAGGACGGCGAGCAGAAGUCCUGA